CCCGCAACCAAAAACCAAACAAAAUACUCAUGACCCAACAACUACACAAGGACUACCAAAUCUGUGAGGAGAUCGGCCGGGGACGCUACGGCACUGUUUUCCGAUGCCUUUCUCUUGCCUCCGGUGAGUCAUUUGCGGUCCAAUCCAUCGACAGGCUACUGAUCUCCGGCGACUCACUUGAAUCACAGUGUCUUCUAACGGAACCCAAGAUCCUGCAACUCCUCAUGCCUCACCCUCAAAUCACGCAGCUAAUUGACUGUUACGAGGACGACUCGCACCUCCAUAUGGUCUUGGAGCUCUGUCCCAACAAUGACCUCCACCAGCUCAUCGUCAAUCACGGCUCUCUGACUGAAUGCGAUGCGAGAGCGAUCAUUACUCAGCUGAUGCAAGCAAUCGCUCAUUGCCACAGGUUCAAUAUCAUUCACCGGGACAUCAAGCCCGACAACGUCCUCUUCGACUUGCGAAACCGCGUGAAAUUGGCUGAUUUUGGUUCGGCGGAAGCCAUUGUGGAAGGUGAAUUGGCGAGUGGAGUGGUGGGGACGCCUUAUUACGUUGCGCCGGAGGUGUUGUCCGGGAGAGAUUACGGAGAAAAAGUAGAUGUGUGGAGCGCGGGUGUCGUUUUGUACAUAAUGUUGGCCGGGUUUCCGCCGUUUUACGGGGAGGAUGCGGUGGGGAUAUUCGAGGCGGUUCUGAGGGCUAAUUUGAGAUUUCCGACUAGGGUUUUCCAAUCGUUUUCUCCUUCCGUAAAGGAUUUGUUGAGGAGGAUGCUGUGCAAGGACGCGUCCCGGAGAUUCUCUGCAGAGCAAGUUUUAAGGCAUCCAUGGAUGAGAAGUGGUGGAUGAAUGGUAGGUCAGUCUCUGCAGAUUCUAAUAUAUUGUGAGAGAACAAAGGUGGUUUUGUAAAGGGUAUGUAUCGAGGGGACACCUUCUAGGCUUCUAGAGAGGAGAGAGUAUCCUGCUUAGUUUUUUAUUGCGAGGAUGGUUUUCCCCUGGUUUGCAGUUUCUGUCCUGGGGGAGGUUUGCUAGCAAGUGACUUAAAAACACUCUGUAUAAUAUUUUCAUGAGUGUUCUACUUCUAUGAUAUGUUAAUGUUUUGUAAUGGAGAAUCUUUUUUUUUAAUCUCUUAUUAGGGUUCUAUAUACUAAUUUAAUGUUUAAUCUAAUAUUAUCAGUAAAGCAUAUUAGUUGUUUGAAGAUCA